AUGCCCUUCGGACUCAAGAACGCAGGGGCUACAUACCAGAGACUGAUAAACAAAGUUUUCACCAAUCAUAUUGGGAAGCUGAUGGAGGUUUAUGUAGAUGACAUGCUGGUAAAGACACAAAGGGAGGAAACGUUGCUAUCCGACCUCACUGAAGUGUUCGACACCAUAAGAAAGCAUGGGAUGAGACUUAACCCCACAAAAUGCACUUUUGCGGUAGAAGCUGGAAAAUUCUUGGUCGAGUUAUCCGAAUUUGACCUCAAAUAUGAAUCUCGGACAGCUAGCAAGUCUCAAGACCUGGCCGACUUCAUCGCAGAGUACACCGACACCCCGGGCACCCCUACAGAGUGGAGCCUUUACGUGGAUGGCUCCUUGAACAAAACCGGGAGUGGCGCAGGUGUCAUUUUAGAGAGUGAUCAGGGAACCCAAAUCGAGCUCUCAUUAAAGUUCAAGUUCUCCGCUUCAAAUAACCAAGCUGAAUACGAGGCCUUACUGGCUGAUUUGAAGCUAGCUAGGGAGGUAGGAGCUUAG